GUCGCGAUUGGCUGAGGCCGCCGGCUUUUUUACGCUUGUGAGUGUGUUGUGAUCGUGUGUGUGUUAAUGUGACAGAUGAUUUAAAGUAUCUCCAAGACAUCCACGGGUUGCUCAUGCUGCACAGGGAAUGUAUUCGCAGUCGGGACUUUGGUCACAGUGAAGCAGUGACAGACCUUUGUUGGAUUUGGAGCAGCUGCGUAUUGCGACCUUUUCUGCACGAUGACAGAAGUGGCCAGUCACGCUUCAAUAAUGGACUGUGAGAUGAUGUUCCAGCCAGAGUCAGAUCAGAUGUCCCCAGUUGAACCUAAGUCUCCGCCUCUGGAACUGAUUGACACAGGGAAGGGUCUGAAGGUCCAGACAGCCUCUCCCCAUCUGGUGAGCCUGGGCAGCGGGAGGCUCAGUGUGGCCAUCACCCUGCUGCCACUCAAAGAAGGGGUGACCCGCAUUGGCCGAGAAGAUGCUCCAAUUCCUCAAGAUAUCACCAUCCAGGGAGCAGGCAUCGAGGCAGAGCACUGUCUCAUCUUCAAUGAAGGAGGAGUGGUGACCCUUGACCCCUGUGGUAACCUCUGCAGUCUGGAUGGAGUGCAGGUCACUGUGCCCACACCACUAACACAAGGUUAUUCUCUGUGUCUGGGUAAAUCCUACUUCUUUCGGUUCAACCAUCCCGAGGAAGCAACCAGAAUGAAAAGUAUGCUUCCACAAAAGAGCCCCGUGUCAGCUUUGGCCUACAACACAGACUACCUGAAGUUCAGCAGUGACUAUAGCCAUUCGGUGGUGGGUGGCACCGGCAGUUCUCGGGGGAUGCGAUCUGCCUCUGAGCUCCGGGACUUGAUGGACACCCUGCAGCGCAAGAAGAUCGCCCUGGAGAACAGCCUGAGAGCCAACGGGAACGCAAACCCCUCCUACUUCAGCGUGACGCAGUCUCCUCCCACCACACCUAUCACGAGUCCUACCACAUCCUCAUCAUCCUACCAGGAGCAGGCGAGGCGCUUCUAUGCCUCAGAACGUUCGACCUUGUCUUUGAAAUCCCCUCCCCCUCUUUCCCCUGGACGACGAUCCGACCCCUCUUCUUCUCUGUCCUCACGCUCCUCGGUCAAUCGCAACCAGGACAACUACGGCAGUAGCGAUAGCCGACGGCUGCACAACACGGGCUCCUCGUCUUCACUGUCCACAUGGAACGGCGGAGGCUCCACCACCUCUGUUGAUGCCAGCAAUAACUAUCUCCUGUCUCUUCCUCCACCGUCAUCCCGCACUCCAUCAGGAGGAGGUGCAGCCAGCAUGCCCUCAAGUCCCCGUCUUGGCCGCCGCAGUUAUGGCACCCAAGAGCCAGUGCCCAGCAGUAGGACCAGGAAAUACUCAACAGGCUCUCUUAAUGGUUUGACGGGAGGAGGGCACAGUCGCUCGCUGCCACGCCUCUGCCCCACCCAGUCUCCCCGUGACAACAACAACGGAGUCCUCACCUUGUCGACGCUGCCUCCACGGCGAUCCGAUGGCGCUGGCGGUUAUAAAGUGAACAAAGACUAUUACAAUAACAACCACAAUGCCAGCCCGGACCUCAACCACAACUCCAGCCAGCAUUCCUCCAACAGGAAUCAAAUCCGAAACGCAACUCAAGGAGAAAGUGUUGUGUCUAUCUCCCUCUCCUCGCCUAAAAUCUUGCCCCCCACCACUUCCUCUAUCUCUGCCACAACUGCCCCACCGGAUGUGACCCUCCCAUCUAAGACAGGGGGCUCCUCUUCUCCUCGUGUGGCCAAGAAACUCAGCCUGACCUCCACCAGCUCUGUGGGCUCCAUCAGCCCCACGACCUCCAACGCUCCAGAGCAGGAACGGCUGGCUAGCAAUGGGGUCUCCAGCGAGAGGGAGAGGCUCACUGCUGCCCCGGGGCUUGGAUUUGGAGAGAGGAGGUCUUCCUUUGGGAAGGCAGGGCUGGAGCCUUGGAUGGGGCUGGGUGAGAGGAGGCAGUCGUUCGGAAAGGCAGGAGUGACCCCACCUGGAGGUUUCAGGGAACGAAGGGGGAGUAUCAGCUCACUGAGCGGGAAGGAGGAGCUGACCGACUACCACCAGCACCAAAAGGAGGAGAGACUCCGCGAGCAGGAGGUGGAGAGACUGGAGCGACAGCGUCUGGAGACCAUCCUGUCUCUGUGCUCAGAGCUGGGCCGGUCUGAGAGAGAUGAAGGCGGACCCACUCCCACUUCAGUCGUGACGGAUCUCCAGAAGAUCAACCAGGAGCUCGAGAAGCUUCAACUGAACGACGAGGACGAUGACGACACACCAUCGGUCUUUUCUGAUUCUUCAGCUGUUAACGGAACGGGGAACGGACACAUGGCGUCCCAUGGAUCAGAGAAUGGCUUCUAUGACGAUGAUCUGCCGGUACGACGGAGGCGCAGCAGUGGUCAGCGGGACGCCAGGGCCGAAUCACCUGCUGUCAGCCUGCGGAGCUUCGCCGCCUCACCUUCUCCACGUGCACAGAGGAACAAUGAGGCUUUAGAUGAGGCAGCUCGUCGCCGCGGACAGGCAAUAAGGGCUUCAGAGGAGGAAGUGAGGCGUGUAGAAGAAGAGAGGAUCCAAGUACUCAACAACAUGGAGGAGCUGGAGCAAAAGAUCAAGGAGCUGGACAACCAAAUAGAAGAAUCUGCCCAAGAGGUGGAGCUGGAGCGAGCUCUGGUCGAGGCUGAGCAGGAGUCGGAGGUAGCCGCUCUCCAGCAGGAAAGAGAUGCUCUGGAAGCGCUUCACAACAAGAUGACUGACCUGGAAUCCAAGUCCCAGCAGGAAAAAGAAAAGGCGUGCGAGGUGCUACAGGCAGAAAGGGGCAGAGUAGAGAGGUUGGCUCAGAUUGUGUGUGAGCAGCGCUCCCAGCUGGACAGCUGCCCUGAGGCCACCAAGGAGCCCCUGCAGGAGCAGCUGGCCAGGGACUGUGAGGUUUUGGAUGCAGAGUCAAAACGUUUCGAGGACCUGGAGUUCCAGCAGCUGGAGAAAGAGAGCAGGCAGGACGAGGAGAAGGAGACGCACACACAACAUCUUCUCCGAGAGAUCGCAGACUUCCAGCGGAGCAGUGUGUCUCGCAAGGAGCGACUGUUAACUCUUAAGAAGCAGGCAGUGCAGAUUACCCAGCAGGCUCAGCGAGAGAAAGAGAGCUUCUUGAAGGAGAGGAGCACCCUCGAAGCAAUGCUGCAAAGGGAGAAAGAAAACCUCUCCAUGCUGGAAAGGAAAUAUGCUGAGCUCACUGGUGGCCGAGGUUUCACUCUUAGAGAGGGCUAUGUCACAGUCAGUGAAAUCAAUGAGCUUUACUCACAGCUUGGGGGGGACCCUAAACCCGCCCCUGCCCCCGCUCUGACCAAUGCCUCUACUGAGUCCAGGGGGAAGCCCUCCUCUGACGAAGACACCCCUAAACCACCGGAGGACGAGCAUUUCCGUUUGCUAGAAGAGAGGAAAAGGUCUGAGAGAGGAGGGGGGUCCCAUCUAAGUGACACAUUACCCAGGAAGAAAACCACACCUAUGAUGACCCCCCAGUUCACCUGUGCCACACUGGGACGCAGCUACCCUACCAAGUCCCAUCAUCCCUUGGUACAGAGCAUAAGUUGUGGCAGCAUUCUCCCAAGAUUUCUCUCCUUAUCCAACAAGGAAGCUGAAUCUCGACAUCUGCAUAAAGCUCAGUCCGGGUCCCGAGCAGCUUCCCAGACCAACGUCUACCUCGAUGCCUUCGGGUACAGCGACAACCAGGCCUUCGACACGAUGAGUGUGGAUAGUUCUGACUCCAUUGAAACCAGCAUCUCUGCAUGCUCUCCUGAUAAUGUCUCCAGUGCCAGUACGUCAAAUAUGGCCAAGCUAGAGGAGAUGGAGCGACUGCUGAGAGAAGCCCAGGCAGAGAAGCACCGCCUCAUCGAAAACAAGGAGCAAGAAAUGGAAGUGCGAAUGCAGGCGCUGGACGAGGAGAGGAAAAGAAGGGAGGACCUGGAGAAGAGGCUGCAGGAGGAGACGAGCAGACGGCAGAAACUCAUAGAUCGUGAGGUGAAACUGAGAGAAAAACAGAGGGCACAGGCCCGGCCGCUAACACGCUACCUGCCGGUGCGUAAAGAUGAUUUUGACCUGCGGGCUCACAUUGAGUCGGCGGGUCACAGCCCAGACACAUGCUUCCACUUAUCCAUCUCUGAGAAGACCUGCAGGGGCUACCUGAUCAAAAUGGGAGGCAAAAUCAAAACCUGGAAGAAACGCUGGUUCGUGUUCGACCGCAACCGACGCACACUCUCCUAUUAUUCAGACAAGCAUGAAGCCAAGCUGAAAGGAGUCAUCUACUUCCAAGCUAUUGAAGAAGUGUAUUAUGAUCACUUGAAGAAUGCACACAAGAGCCCGAACCCCUCCCUGACCUUCAGUGUAAAGACUCACGACAGAGUUUACUACAUGGUAGCUCCCUCUCCUGAGGCCAUGAGGAUCUGGAUGGAUGUGAUCGUCACAGGCGCUGAGGGAUACACACAGUUCAUGGUGUAGUGAAGGAGCGGGAUACGCAAAUGUUCUACGCCUCUUUGUGGCUUUAAAGACUACAAUUGAUUUUGUCUCCGGAUGGAUGUUUGUAUCAUCUAUGCUGAAGAAUGUUGUGUAGAGACGUCAGCGUUGCGUUUUGUCCACCUCAUUCACGAGAUGAGCACGGUUUUCUAUCAUAUGCUGAGAAUUCAUGUGAAAUGGUAAGCAGAUAUAAGAUCAUUAUUUGGAUAUUUUAAGGCCAUGGGUUCAAUCCAGAGACUUCAUGUCGUAAAGUAGAUCUGAAUGUGCCCUCAACGUGUUGUUUAAAGACACAAAUGUUAAUAAAAUAUAUUUUACAUGAGCUUAUUACAAGCUAUGUUCUUCAGAGAAGAGCAGAUUGACCCCAUUUGGGUCAUAAGAAGCUUUUUACAAAGGAUGUUUAAUGUGGAGAAGCUUUAUCUAUAGUAUAUCAUUAUCAACAUCAUGAUUGUCAUUUAUGAUCAACUAAAAAUACCAAAUGCUAUGUGCCAUACAAAGCCUUAACCUUUUCAACUUCAUAGUAGAACAGGUGCUCAAUUUCACAGUUGUAUCAAAUAGUUUUGACUGUUUCAAGUGUAUUUUAAUCAUAUUAUGUACAAAAUAAAGAAUUCAUAUUCAGUAAGUAAAAGCAGUUGAGCAAAUAUAUUAUCAUUUUAACUUUUAUUGCCUCGAUUUCAUUUGAUUUCUAUUUUCUGUGGCAUUCUCAGGUCUUAACGGUGUGCAUGCAUGCAUCAAAUGAUCAUGUGUGAACUUAUACACGUGUUACAAAGUGCCUCUUCAAUGUAAACUCCUAUUUACUGAGAGCUUCUAUUGUAGCUCCAAGGUGCUAUUCUUACAUGGUUGAAUGACUAGUUAUCCAAGUACAACCAUCACAUAGAGAUUUUCAGUUGAUUUAGCUCUAGUAAUUCAGCAAUGUAUGGAUUACUGUUCUGGGUUUACAAUAGUGUCACCACAGGCUCAGUUAUGAAGCUCUAUUUAAACACCAUUUGAGUCAUGCUUGUUAUUUUCCAACACGAAGAUUUAGUUUAAUAGGCCUGAGGAAUAAUGACUUUUGUUAAGGCACGAAAUUGAGAUAUUUGUACAUUUUGUUUCUAAGUUGUAGUUAAGAUUAGUGAGGACGGUUAUGAUCCAUAUUAAACUCCUUUUGUGUGAUUGACAUGCAUAUUAUCUUUAUUUUUAAGAGCUUAAUGUAUCUAUAUACAAUGCCAAACUGUUAAAGGUGAGAAAACACGAGUGUCUUUUAAGAUGUCAGACAGAAAGAAUAUGGUACAGGAACUCAAAAAGAAAACUGACUGAUAUAAAAUGUUGUGCUGCUUUGGUCCACUAGCUUUCAUGAAUUGCCUUAUUACCACUGAUUCAAGGUUUUUUUACUGACUAUUCCACAUUGAUCACUAAAGCUGCUUUUAUAUGUCAAAUCAUACUCCAUACUGAUCAGUUCCUGCCUCUUGCUAUUGCUUUUUACAUAUUGACCAAAGUACAUGUUUGUGGUAUAUUGUAUAUGUUUCUUUGCUUUAAAUCUUUAAGUACAAUAAGAUCAAAAUGGUAUUUGUUUGUGCAUGACAAAAUCAUAGUUCAACCACUAAAGGAGCUGUUACAGUGGAAGUUUCUAUGAGCUUAAAUGUUCUUUUUCUUUUUGGAAAUUAUUUUUUAUGUUGACCCUUCUGUAUUUAUGCCAUUACAAAUGCAUGUAUCUUAAUUUUGUAUUUCCAUAUAUAAAUAAUAAAAAUUGUAUAUUUUACCUUU